AUGGACACGGAGAAUACAGGUAUCGGUGGCGUUGAAGACAGGCAUGGGAGAGGACGAAGGCGAGGAAGAAGGUGCAGGCGCCGGGUGAGGGAUGAGAGCAGUGGAAGGCUUGACGACAGGGACAAAAGGAACGGCAGGGGCGUAGACAGCGGGGGUAGUGUGGGGGACGUAGAUGGGUGUUGUGUAAGUUGGCACAACGGGAGCGGGAGUGGGAACGAUGGCAGGAACCGGGACGUAGGUGGAAGUCUGCACGGUGGGGACUGGGGAAGGAGGCAAGAUCACAACAGGAGGCUCAGGGCAGGGCUCGCCUCCGUGGUGAUCGUGCACACCUGCACCAGCGUUGAAGGAUGGACCAUCGGGAAUCCCUGCGUUGAAACCGCUGCCGGCAGUGAAGUCGUCGCCAGAGUUGGGGCCGCAGGGGCCGCGGUGGGAGGUAUGCACACCUGCGCCGGCGUCGAAAGAUGGUCCGUCAGGGAUGCCUGCGUUGAUGCCGGUGCCGGCAGUGAAAUCGUGGUUGCCGUCCUCGUUGGUAGACUCAGAGUGGUCGAUGAUGUCGUGGACUGGGAGGCCGGGCACCUGAGGGGAAGCGAGGAUAGUGGCAGGGCCGAGAGCGAGGAAGAGGCACAGGAGGCCGGAGAAGUUGAUAGUAGUGGAGACCAUUGUUGCGGUAGAAGUUCUUGCGUAAAGAAAAAUGUAGUGAAUGUGCUCGGUAGAAUGAAUCCGAAGAUUGAAUGA